UUCAACAUCCUCUGAUCAGUCAUUGAAGAAGUACUUCAAAACCAUCACAUAAGAGGAAAGAAUAAAAACAAAACUCUGCCUAGAUCACGAAGAUGGGUGGAAGAAAGUGGAACAUCUUGGUGGCCAUCUUCAUCUUACUUAUUGCCAUGGAAGCUGCCAUUGCUCAAGGUGAAGGCAAAGGCAAUGACAAUGGCAAAGGCAAUGACAAUGACAAUGGUAAUGGUAAUGGAAAUGGAAACGGAAACGGAAACGGUAAUGGAAGUGAUAAGAAAGAGAAGGAGAAGGAAAAGAAGGAGAAAAAGCCAAAAGAGAAAAAGCCAAAGAAGCAACGUGAUGAAGCCUCGGAUUAUGACAAGCUGUCAGCACUACCAUCAGGUCAAGAACGAGGGUUCUGCAGAACAAACACCACCUGUGAGUUCAAGACCAUUGUGUGUCCAACCGAGUGCGCAAAGAGGAAGCCCAAGAAGAACAAGAAUUCGAAGGCAUGUUUCAUUGACUGUAGCAGCAGCAAAUGUGAAGCCACCUGCAAGGUAAGGAAAGCUAACUGUGAUGGGUAUGGAUCUCUGUGUUAUGAUCCUCGCUUUGUGGGUGGUGAUGGUGUGAUGUUCUACUUCCACGGUGCCAAAGGAGGAAACUUCGCCAUUGUUUCUGAUGAAGAGUUCCAAAUCAAUGCUCACUUUAUUGGUACUCGACCAGAAGGAAGGACUCGUGACUACACAUGGGUGCAAGCACUUGCUGUGAUGUUUGACUCACACAGUCUUGUUAUUGCAGCCAAUAGAGUGUCUCAUUGGAAUGACAACGUUGAUUCUCUCACAGUGAAGUGGGAUGGUGAACUAAUCAGUGUUCCAACUGAUGGAGAUGCUGAAUGGAGGGCCAAUGGAGAUGAAAGAGAAGUGGUCGUGGAGAGAACCGAUGAGACCAACACUGUGAGAGUGAUGGUUUCGGGUUUGGUUGAGAUGGACAUAAGUGUGAAGCCUAUUGGAGAGCAAGAAAACAAGGUUCACAAUUACCAACUGCCAUCAGAUGAUGCUUUUGCUCAUUUGGAGACACAAUUCAGAUUUAAGAAAAGUACAGAUCAUUUUGAAGGAGUUUUGGGUCAGACUUACAGACCAGGGUAUGUUAGCCCUGUCAAGAGAGGGGUUCCUAUGCCAAUGAUGGGUGGGGAGAACAAGUACGAGACUCUCUCUCUCUUUUCCACAUCGUGCCAACGAUGCAUGUUCCAGAGGCCAUCCAGCAUAGCAAGCACUGAAGGACUUGUUGCUCAGUACUGAUAUCAUGCAUCAUGAAAAGUAAUACAUUCUUCGUGAUCACACUGUUGACAUCUUGCAUUUUGGUUUCUUUUUAAUGUAUUAAGACAAAUAAGGGCCUAAAAUGUUGCCCAUGAUCAUCAUUUUGUAAAAUGUAAUAGUGAUUAACGUGUACUGAAGAUAUGAAGAAUCAUUUUUUUUAA